AUGACGACUGCCACGACUCUCCCAUCGGGUGUUAGUGGCCCUCCAACGGUGAACCGGAACGACAACCAUGGAGGGCUAGUUGUGGUGAUCACCGGCUUCUGCUUGGUCCUGGUACUUUCGUCUCUGGCCGCUCGGACGUUUUCCUCGUUCAAGAGGCGAAUCAUCCAGAAAGACGACUAUGGGUUUAUGGCUGUAGUGAUUGUUGCACUGGCGCAGACGUCUUUGGUACUAGCGCAGGUUCACUACGGCUGGGGAGCAACCGAAGAGUCGCUUUCCUCCGCAACAAAGAAGAAAAUGCUCAAGAUGGGAUAUGCCUCCGAUAUCCUCUUCGUUGUCACCCUCGGCCUGUCGAAGAUAACGACCACCGUCUUCUACAUGACACUGUUCAAGCAGAAACUUCGAGCUGUUAUCCGAGGUCUUCUCGUUGCAGGAUGUAUCUGGGUUAUACUGUCCAUUAUUCUGUUAGCAGUCCGAUGUGGCCAUCAACCGUGGCUCGAUAUCGACGCACAAUGUGGUGGUUUGUUCCAAAGAUGGCAGGCAAUCACCGCCAUCGAUAUUGCCCUCGAGUCCCUUCUCAUCCUCUACUCCGCCCGAGCGAUAUACAGCAUCAAGAUCUCCACACGACAAAAAAUCGUCGUAUUCGGUACUCUCAGCUGUCGAGUCGUACUCAUCCCGCUGGCGGCUAUACAUCUCUAUUACGUCAAAGUCCAGCUAGUUUCAGAGAAUCCGAUCCUCUAUGGCGCAUUCGCCAGCAUCACCGCAGAACUCUACCUCGCCAUGAGCGUCGUCUGCCUCGUCGCCUCGUUCAUGAAGCCCGUGCUGGCCGUCUACGUCGAUGAGUACGGCAUCGCCUACACGGACGACGUAUCACCGCCGAACUCGAAGUUGCGAAGUCAUACGUCGUCCGAUAGCCGGUCGCGGAGGUUGCGGCGGUCGGAGACGGAAUACGAUCAUGGCUGGGGGCGGAUGCCGGAUCAAACCAUCCCGGCUGCUUCAGGGGGACGCAUCAUGAAGACGGUGCAGAUUAGUGUCAGUGAUGGACCGAUGGAGCUGGACAGGCGGGAGCCGGAGGUUGUGAUUGGUGUAUAA